CACAUUACAUUACACCUUACACAUAUAUUUACACCCUUACUCUCACACACACACCAAAAAAAAGAAAAACACAUAGACUUGAUCUGGGGUUGUGAUGAGUGGGUGAAAAAGUGAAUCUUUAGAUCCAACCCAUUUCAAGAAAGUGAUAAAGAUUCAAACUUUUUUGUUUAAAAAAGGGUUUUCUUGAUGAGUUUUGGGGGUUUUUAUGGUGUUGGUGGUGGUAAUGGUGGAGAGUCAAGAAUGGUGGUGGCUGAUGGUGGUUCAUCAUUUAACAAUAUGCCACCAUUGCAUAGGGCUAGUCCCAUUUCUCAACCACAACUCAUUACCUCAACUAUCCCCCAACCUAUUUAUAACUCCCAAUCACUCUCUCUUGCUUUAAAACCAAAAAUGGAGGGACUUGGUGAAAUGGGAUUAAUUGGUGAAAACUUUGAAGGAGGAAAUAUCGGAAGAGUUGUUAGAGCUGGAGAUGGAUCUGAAAGUAGGUCUGGUGGAAGUGAUAAUUUAGAAGGUGCUUCUGGUGAUGAACAAGAUGUCCCCGCCGGACCUUCGUCGAGUUCUCGCCGGCGACAGAAAUAUCACCGCCACACUCCCCACCAAAUUCACGAACUUGAAGCUUCCUUUAAAGAUAACCCUCACCCUGAUGAGAAAGAAAGAUUGGCACUUGGAAAAAAGCUGAAUUUGGAAAACAAACAAGUUAAAUUCUGGUUCCAAAAUAGAAGAACUCAAUUGAAGACACAAUUGGAACGCCACGAGAAUUCGAUUUUGAGACAAGAAAACGACAAGUUAAGAAUCGAGAAUGUAGCAAUGAAAGAAGCGAUUAAGGCUCCUGUUUGCAACAACUGCGGUGGACAGGCGAUUCUUGGGGACAUUUCAAUAGAUGAGCACCAUUUAAGGAUUGAGAAUGCUCGUUUGAGAGAUGAACUAAGUCGUGUUUCGAUUCUUGCUAAUAAGUUUUUGGGCCGGCCGUUAUCGUCGUUUGGUGGUUCGAUGUCUCAUGGAAUGGGGGGUUCUAAUUUAGACCUUGCUGUUGGGAGAAAUGGAUAUGGUAUGUACCCGAUGGAUUUAGGAUUACCAAUGGGAUUAGAUUAUAAUAAUGGUAUCUCGAAUGCUUUGCCUUUGAUGUCCCCUUCAAGAAUGGGGAUGUCUUCUGCUGUUGGUGGUGGCGGCGGUGGCGGUGGGGGGAUUGAUAUGUCAUAUGAUAAGAAUGUGUUCUUGGAACUUGCGUUGAAUGCGAUGGACGAGUUGAUGAAACUUGGGCAAGUUAAUAGCCCAUUGUGGGUUGGGAAUAUCGAAGGUGGUGGUGAGGUGCUCGAUUUAGACGAGUAUUUGAGGACUUUUCCUCUUUGUCUUGGUAUGAAACCUCACGGUUAUGUAUCCGAAGCUUCGAGGGCUAGUGGAGUCGUGAUGAUCAGUAGCUUAGCUCUUGUGGAGGCAUUACUUGAUGCUAAUCGGUGGAGAGAAAUGUUUUCAAGUAUGAUCGGAAGUAGUAGUACUCUUGAUGUCAUUUCUGGUGGCUCUGGCGAUUCAAGAAAUGGGGUUGUGCAGCUUAUGCAAGCCGAGAUCCAGUUGGUUUCGCCUGUAGUUCCUGCUCGACAAGUGAGGUUUAUUCGAUUCUGCAGACAACAAGCCGAGGGCGUAUGGGCCGUCGUUGAUUUGUCAGUUGAUGCCGGACGAGAAGGCUUUACGUCUCGGAGACUCCCUUCUGGCUGCAUUGUGCACGAGAUGCCUAAUGGAUACUCAAAGGUAGUAUGGAUUGAGCAUACGGAAUAUGAUGAGAAUGUUGUUCAGCAUAAGUAUCGUCCGUUGCUUAGAUCGGGUUUGGGUUUUGGUGCUCAAAAGUGGAUUUCUACACUAGAAAGGUAUUGCGAGUGUGUAGCAACCAUUAUGUCGCCUGAUGCAGCUGUUGAUGAUAGUCCAGUGCUGUCUCCGGGUGGUAAAAGAAGUUUAACGAGUCUAGCACAACGUAUGACGGCUAAUUUUUGUGCUGGAGUUUGUGCUACUGGUGGUCACAAAUGGGAGGUGAUUGGUAAUUCUGCUGAAGCUGCCAAGAUUAUGAUUCGUAAGAGUUUGAAUAAUCCUGGUGACCCGUCUGGGGCUGUUUUGAGUGCCACCAUGUCGAAUUGGAUGGAAAUGCCACAUCAACAGUUGUUCGCGUUGAUGCUAAAUGAAGAGUUGAGGAGCCAAUGGGACGUUUUGUCUCAUGGAAGUGCUAUGCAGAAUAUGAUACGUUUCUCGAAGAGUCAAGAUCUUGGUAGCCUUAACACCAUCUCGCUACUACGUGCCAAUACCGCUGGUGCUAAUGCCAACCAGAACGCGGUGCUGGUACUUCAAGAGAGUACAACAGACGUGACGGGAUCAUUAAUUGUAUACGCUGCCGUGGACGUCCAAUCAAUCCAAGUCGUGAUGAACGGUGGAGACUCGUCCUGUGUUGCUCUCUUGCCAUCCGGGUUUGCCAUAGUGCCUGACUGUGUGGCUGACUCAGGGGCACCCGUUACAAAACCAGGGUCCGAAGGUGGGUCCCUUUUGACCGUCGGCUUCCAGAUAUUGGUCAACGACCUUCCAUCGUCCAAACUCACAAUGGAGUCAAUCAACACAGUUAUCAAUCUAAUUUCUCGUACGGUUCAAGGGAUCAAAGAAGUUGUGAAUGCUCAUAAUCAAGGAAGGCAGAUCAGUAGCUAGAUUGACAUAUCUGCAUCUAGCUAUUUUUCUAUCUUUCUACUUGUGUUUUUUUAAAUUUAUUUAUUAAACAAGAUGAUGGUGUGAAUUUAAUUUGUAGGGAAGAGGAGAUUACUACUGGGGUUGGAUAUGAUCUCACGAACUUGGGUUUGAGUCAAGAACGAACCGCGAUGAAUACUUGUGGUUCGGGUAUUGACUCAAUUUCCCUGUGAGAUCAAUCCAGCUUUCUUGGCUUCUCUUUAUUUAUGGGCUUUUUUUAGUGUAUUUUGUAUGCAUCAUGGAUUUGUUGACUCUUAUCUACUUCUUUCUUCUGAUCAAAUACUAGUGUGCAUGUUUGAAAA